AUGAAUGGACUGUAUUAUGAUCAUCUGGUUGAACUAAUGGGCGGAGCUAAUGCUGGACACACUAUAUACAAUGCAGAGGGGAAGAAGUUUGCACUUCACCUUGUACCUUCAGGUAUUCUUAAUGAGGAUACUCUCUGUGUUAUUGGUAAUGGCGUGGUGGUGCACCUGCCAGGUUUGUUUAAAGAGAUUGACGGCCUGGAAUCUAAUGAUGUCUCGUGUAAGGGAAGGAUUUUAGUAUCUGAUCGUGCACAUCUAUUAUUUGAUUUCCAUCAAGUGGUUGAUGGUCUAAGAGAAUCUGAGCUUGCUAAAUCAUUUAUUGGCACAACCAAGAGGGGGAUUGGACCUUGUUACUCGAGCAAAAUGAUACGCAAUGGCAUUCGAGUAAGUGACCUGAGGCACAUGGAUGUUUUCCCUCAGAAACUUGAUCUUUUAUUAUCAGAUGCAGCUGCAAGAUUCCAAGGUUUUAACUAUACUCCAGACAUGCUCAGGGAAGAAGUUGAGAGAUACAAGAGAUAUGCUGAGAGGUUGGAACCCUUCAUUACUGAUACUGUGCACUUCAUGAAUGAAUCAAUCUCUCAAAAGAAAAAGAUUUUGGUUGAAGGUGGUCAGGCGACAAUGUUAGACAUUGACUUUGGAACUUAUCCAUUUGUUACUUCGUCUAGUCCAUCGGCUGGUGGCAUCUGCACCGGUCUUGGUAUUGCUCCGAGAGUUGUAGGUGAUCUAGUUGGAGUGGUAAAAGCAUACACUACCAGAGUUGGUUCUGGUCCUUUCCCAACAGAAAUAUUGGGUCAAGGUGGUGACCUACUUAGGCAGUCCUUUUCUUGGGAUGAAGGUGCUUGCUCUGCUCCUAAGGAGAUAUGGAGUAGUAUGAUGUUAGUACACUGGGGUAAUACAAAUUCAAAGCAUAACCAUUCAACAACAGCUUAUUGGGCUGACAGCUGGGACGAUAUUUCUUCUGAUAGGAGAGGCAAUCAUCCAUGUUUUGACCCUGCUAAAGAUCUUGUACUUCCUGCUUGGAAGCUCCCUGAUGCGAAUGUCCUAAGCGCCAAACUUUGGGCUAGGUCCCGAGAACAGCGGAAGACAUUAUUUUACUUCAAUGGAAACCUUGGGCCAGCCUACAACAAUGGAAGACCAGAAGCCUCGUAUAGCAUGGGCAUUAGGCAGAAAGUGGCAGAAGAAUUUGGAUCAAGCCCCAACAAGGAAGGAAAGCUUGGAAGACAGCAUGCAGAUGACGUGAUUGUAACUCCACUACGUUCUCAGAAUUAUCACAUGGAUUUAGCCAGUUCUAUUUUCUGUGGGGUCUUUCCUGGAGAUGGUUGGAGUGGUCGUAUGGAAGACAGUGUUUUGCAAGGGUGCAUUCCUGUGAUAGUCCAGGAUGGGAUAUUCCUACCAUACGAGAAUGUACUGAACUACAAAAGCUUUGCUGUUCGAAUACUUGAAGCUGACAUUCCAAAUUUAAUAAAUAUUCUCCGGGGUUUUAACGAGACAGAGAUAGAGUUCAAGUUGAGAAAUUUACAAAAAAUCUGGCAAAGGUUCUUGUAUCGUGAUUCUAUUUUACUUGAAGCUGAGAGGCAGAAAACUGCUUUUGGGCGUGUGGAGGAUUGGGCAGCCAAAUUAUUGGAGUUAAGCGAAGAUGAUGUCUUUGCGACAUUUAUACAGGUUUUGCACUACAAAUUGCAUAAUGACCCGUGGAGAAGACAAUUUGAUCGUCGGAAAAAAGAGUACGGGUUACCAGAAGAAUGUUUGAGAAGAACCAGCUGAGCCUGAGGAGCUGAAAGCCACAAGAAGCAUUGCAUUUUAGACACUAGACAUUCAUACACAUACUCAGAUGUGAA